GUUAUAGCGUCCCCUAGCGGUAACCUUCUAUCUUGUUUACAGGAGCGCCAACAGAAGUGCGCUUAUGAAACCAAAGCAAAGCGGUAGCGCCGUUAACCCAAAUUAUCAGAGGAGAACUUGAACAACCGCGAAUGGGUUUGGACAAGUUCUGCAGUGGGGACGGUUCCGACCCGUUUUGGGAUUGGAACCGUACGUGGCACGUGGGAAACCCAGAUCUGACCCAGUGCUUUCAGAACACAGUGCUGGUAUGGGUCCCCUGUCUCUACCUCUGGGUCUGUGCCCCAAUCUAUUUCCUGUACCUCAAAAGCCAUGACCGGGGCUACAUAUGCAUGACCCACCUCAACAGAGCCAAAACCGCAGUAGCUUUUCUCCUGUGGAUCGUCUGCUGGGCAGAUGUGUUUUACUCUUUCUGGGAAAGAAGCCAACAUGACAGCGGUGCCUCCUCCUCCACCCAGGCACCUGUUUAUCUGGUUAGCCCCACCAUGCUCGGCAUCACUAUGCUGCUAGCCACCCUCCUGACCCAGUAUGAGAGGUUAAAAGGAGUCCAGUCUUCAGGGGUGAUGCUCAACUUCUGGCUGGUGGCCGUCCUCUGUGCUACCGUCACAUUCAGAUCCAAGAUCAUACAAGCCAUCAACGAGCCGUCGACGGUGUGUGUGUUCAGAUACACAACGUUCUACAUCUACUACACACUGCUGCUCAUCUCUCUGCUCCUGUCGGCCCUCUCAGACCAGCCUCCUCUCUUCUCAGAGGCAUCCAAAGACGCUAAUCCCUGUCCUGAGAUCGGAGCUUCCUUUCUGUCCAGAAUCAGCUUCUGGUGGAUCACUGGUCUGAUAGUAACAGGUUAUAAGCGUCCGUUAGAACAGAAGGAUCUGUGGUGUCUGAACUCAGAGGACCGCUCUCAGAGGGUCGUCCCUCAGCUCGUACGCCGCUGGAACAACGAGUGCCUGAAGGUCAAAAGACCGGAGGAGAAGACUCUGUACUCCCCUAAGAAGGCUCCUCGGGGAGAGAAGAAGGAGGGUGUCCCCGUAGAGGAGUCAGAGAUCCUGAUUAUGAAGACACCCCAGAAGACUAGAGAACCCUCUCUGUUCUGGGCCCUCUGUCUCACCUUCGGACCCUACUUCCUCAUCUCUGCACUCUACAAGAUCAUCCAGGACAUUCUCAUGUUCGUGGGGCCGAAUAUACUCAGGUUGCUGAUCCAGUUUGUGAAUGACUCUAGCGCCCCCUCGUGGCAGGGCUACUUCUACACCGCUCUGCUGUUCGUUUGUACCUGUUUCCAGACCCUCAUCCUGCAGAAGUACUUCCAUGUGUGCUUCGUCACGGGAAUGAGGCUACGCACUGCUAUAGUAGGAGCUGUCUACAGGAAGGCUCUGGUGAUCAGUAACGCGGCGCGGCGUACGUCUACAGUGGGAGAGAUCGUCAACCUGAUGUCGGUCGACGCCCAGCGCUUCAUGGACCUUGUCACAUACAUCAACAUGGUCUGGUCUGCUCCUCUACAGGUCAUACUGGCCCUGUACUUCCUGUGGCAGAACUUGGGUCCGUCGGUGCUGGCUGGCGUGGCUGUAAUGGUUCUGAUGGUGCCAAUCAACGGUGUGAUCGCCAUGAAGACCAAAACAUACCAGGUAGCUCAGAUGAAGAGUAAAGACAACCGCAUCAAGCUGAUGAACGAAGUUCUCAACGGCAUCAAGGUGUUGAAGCUGUAUGCGUGGGAGCUGGCCUUCAAAGACAAGGUGUCAGCCAUCAGAGAGAGCGAGCUCCGUGUCCUCAAGAAGGCUGCUUACCUGGGGGCAAUAUCCACCUUCACCUGGGUCUGUGCUCCCUUCCUGGUGGCGCUGUCUACGUUCACAGUGUAUGUGAUGAUAGAUGAGAGGAACGUGCUGGAUGCUCAGAAGGCGUUUGUGUCUCUGGCUCUGUUCAACAUCCUGCGUUUCCCCCUCAACAUGCUGCCCAUGGUCAUCAGCAGCAUGGUCCAGGCCAGUGUUUCUAUGAAACGUCUGUGUGUGUUUCUGUCUCAUGAGGAGCUGCAGGAGGACAGUGUGGAGCGCAGGGCUGUAGCAGGCUCCUCAGACAGUAUCUCCAUUGAGGACGGGGUGUUCAGCUGGUCUAGAAACGACGCCCCCACUCUGAAGAGGAUGAGUGUACGUAUCCCAGAUGGGUCUCUGGUAGCUGUGGUGGGACACGUUGGCUCAGGGAAAUCCUCUCUGCUCUCUGCUCUGCUGGGGGAGAUGGAGAAACUAGAGGGAUCUGUCUCUGUCAAGGGCUCUGUGGCCUAUGUACCUCAGCAGGCGUGGAUCCAGAAUGCCACCCUGAAAGACAACAUAGUGUUUGGUCAGGAGAGGAAGGAGAGCUGGUACCACAGAGUGGUGGAGGCCUGCGCCCUGCUGCCAGACCUGGAGAUCCUGCCUGCUGGAGACGGCACUGAGAUCGGGGAGAAGGGUGUGAACCUGUCAGGGGGUCAGAAGCAGAGGGUCAGUCUGGCCAGGGCGGUCUACUGCGACUGUGCUGUCUAUCUAUUGGAUGAUCCUCUGUCGGCGGUCGACGCCCACGUGGGCAAACACAUCUUCGAAAAGGUUAUCGGGCCCCAGGGCGUCCUCAAGGACAGGACUCGUGUCCUGGUGACCCACGGUCUGAGCUUCCUGCCCCAGGCAGAUCUGAUCCUGGUGAUGGUGGAGGGAGAGAUCACUGAGAGGGGCUCCUACCUGGAGCUGAUGGCACGUGACGGGGCCUUCGCUGAGUUCCUCAGGACUUACGCCAACAAAGAGCAGGAAGAUGACGAAUCAGACUCUGCACCAAAGAGAGGACUGGAGAAUGGACUUCCUGCUGCUGUGAUUGGUCAGAACCAUACCAGUACGUCAGCAGUGAGGACAGAAGGAGAGGUCCUGGGGAAGAAGGCCAAGAACGCUGAGGUGGGGAGAAUCACAGAGGCUGACAAGGCCAACACCGGACGGGUGAAGUUGUCAGUAUUCUGGGAGUAUAUGAAGGCUAUAGGGGUGGUGUUGUCCUGCGUCAGUAUCUUCCUGUUCUUCAGUCACCACUUCGCCUCUCUCUUCUCUAACUACUGGCUCAGUCUGUGGACUGACGACCCAGUCGUCAACGGAACCCAGCCCAGCAGAGAGAUGAGACUGGGGGUGUACGGAGCUCUGGGGGUCUCUCAGGGCAUAGCUGUGUUCUGCUACUCCAUCUCUGUGUCUAUGGGUGGUAUAUUAGCAUCCCGCUACCUCCACCAGUCCAUGCUGUACAACGUACUGCGCUCCCCCAUGUCCUUCUUCGAGCGCACCCCCAGCGGUAACCUGGUGAACCGCUUCGCUAAGGAGACAGACACCAUCGACUCUGUCAUCCCAAGUAUCAUUAAGAUGUUCAUGGGCUCCAUGUUCAACGUAGUAGGAUCCUGUGUGGUUAUACUGAUGGCUACUCCACUAGUGGCUAUUAUCAUACCUCCUCUGGGGAUACUCUACUUCUUUGUCCAGCGUUUCUACGUGGCGUCGUCUCGUCAGUUGAAGCGUCUGGAGUCAGUCAGUCGCUCCCCGGUCUACACGCACUUCAACGAGACGUUGCUAGGCACCAGCGUCAUCCGAGCCUUCGGGGAGCAGGAACGCUUCAUCAGGGAGAGCGACGGUCGAGUUGACCACAACCAGAAAGCAUACUACCCCAGCAUCGUAGCCAACCGGUGGCUGGCGGUGCGUCUGGAGUUUGUAGGGAACGGUAUCGUAAUGUUUGCUGCUCUGUUUGCUGUGAUGGCUAGAGAGAGCCUCAGCCCUGGGAUCAUGGGCCUGUCCAUCUCAUACGCGCUACAGCUGACGGCCUCUCUGACCUGGCUAGUGAGGAUGUCAUCAGAUCUGGAAACCAACAUUGUGGCCGUGGAGAGAGUCAAGGAGUACGAAGACACAGAGAAAGAGGCGGACUGGAGACAUGACCAAUCGUCUCUGCCUCCAGGCUGGCCCACAGCAGGCAACAUAGACAUCAGAGGGUUUGGUCUGCGAUACAGAGAGGACCAGGAACUGGCCGUACGCAACAUCACCGUAGCCAUCCACGGAGGAGAGAAGGUGGGUAUAGUAGGUCGUACAGGAGCAGGGAAGUCCUCUCUGACUCUAGGAUUGUUCCGCAUCAUCGAGGCGUGUGAGGGAGAGAUUCAUAUAGAUGGAGUUAACAUCGCUACGCUGGGUCUACAUGAACUCCGCUCCAGGAUCACCAUCAUACCACAGGACCCAGUGCUGUUCUCUGGGUCUCUGAGGAUGAAUCUGGACCCCUUCGAUGGCUACUCUGAUGAGGAGGUGUGGAGAGCCCUGGAGCUCUCCCAUCUCAAGAGCUUUGUGUCGGGCCUGCCGGACAAACUCAACCACGAGUGUUCAGAGGGGGGAGAGAACCUCAGUCUGGGUCAGCGCCAGCUGGUGUGUCUGGCCCGAGCCCUCCUGAGGAAGACAAAGAUCCUGGUUCUGGAUGAGGCCACGGCUGCUGUGGACCUGGAGACAGACAACCUGAUCCAGUCCACCAUCAGAACCCAGUUUGAUGACUGCACUGUCCUGACCAUCGCACACAGACUCAAUACUAUCAUGGACUACACCAGAGUGCUGGUCCUGGAUAAAGGGGAGAUGGCAGAGUUUGACUCUCCCUCCACUCUCAUCACCAAGAGAGGAAUCUUCUACAAGAUGGCUAAAGACUCAGGACUGGUCUGAGGGGCGAACGGGAGAGGACAGGCGCUUAAAAACAACAUCCCUCCUUACAGAGAGCUCCUCCUCCAACUCCCUCUUCCUCUCCUCCUAACCGGGAGGCUGUGCAGGGAAGAGGUAGCAGAGAGAGAGGAGAUUUCUAAAGAUUUCAAUGUUUCUGACUGAUAAGUGUGUAUAAAUUAUGGGAGCACUCUACCUCCACUCCAUCCCUCCGUCUACUUCUCCACUCCAUCCCUCCGUCUACUUCUCCACUCCAUCCCUCCGUCUACUUCUCCACUCCAUCCCUCCGUCUACUUCUCCACUCCAUCCCUCCGUCUACUUCUCCACUCCAUCCCUCCGUCUACUUCUCCACUCCAUCCCUCCGUCUACUUCUCCACUCCAUCCCUCCGUCUACUUCUCCACUCCAUCCCUCCGUCUACUUCUCCACUCCAUCCCUCCGUCUACUUCUCCACUCCAUCCUUCCGUCUACUUCUCCACUCCAACCCUCCGUCUACUUCUCCACUCCAACCCUCCGUCUACUUCUCCACUCCAUCCCUCCGUCUACUUGUCCCUCAUCCCUCCCUCUACCCCUCCAUCCGUCUCUCCCUCCCUCUACCCUUCCCUCUACUUCUCCCUCUACCCCUCCAUCCCUCUCUCCCUCCCUCUACUUCUCCCUCCCCUCCACCCUCUACUACAGAAUAUGUAAAGGAUUCACUCCACUGAACCUGAUGCUGCUGCUUCUCCAGGACAAAUCCCUUCUGUUACUCCUCCAUCCCUCCCUUAACUAAAGACUUCUCCAGGACAAAUCCCUUCUGUUACUUCUCCCUCCAUCCAUCCCUUAACUAAAGACUUCUCCAGGACAAAUCCCUUCUGUUACUUCUCCCUCCAUCCCUCCCUUAACUAAAGACUUCUCCAGGACAAAUCCCUUCUGUUACUCCUCCAUCCCUCCCUUAACUAAAGACUUCUCCAGGACAAAUCCCUUCUGUUACUUCUCCCUCCAUCCAUCCCUUAACUAAAGACUUCUCCAGGACAAAUCCCUUCUGUUACUUCUCCCUCCAUCCCUUAACUAAAGACUUCUCCAGGACAAAUCCCUUCUGUUACUUCUCCCUCCAUCCCUCCCUUAACUAAAGACUUCUCCAGGACAAAUCCCUUCUGUUACUCCUCCAUCCCUCCCUUAACUAAAGACUUCUCCAGGACAAAUCCCUUCUGUUACUUCUCCCUCCAUCCCUCCCUUAACUAAAGACUUCUCCAGGACAAAUCCCUUCUGUUACUUCUCCCUCCAUCCCUUAACUAAAGACUUCUCCAGGACAAAUCCCUUCUGUUACUCCUCCAUCCAUCCCUCCCUUAACUAAAGACUUCUCCAGGACAAAUCCCUUCUGUUACUUCUCCCUCCAUCCUUCUCCCUCAACAAACUGUUUGUUCAACUCUCCUUUAAACGGGUGUCUGGAUGUUUUCAAGAUUCCCUUCAUCUUGCAGAAUUUGUCCGCGCCGGUUUGCCAUUGUGGGAAGUCAGAAGGCCAUCUGAUCUGCUCUCCUCCGUCAAACAGACUCAGAAUACCACCUAGGUUUAUUUUUUAUUUUUUUUUAUUCUAAAUGGGCAUUUUGUGCUUUUGAAGAUGUACUCUGUUAAGAGACUAUAAAAGAGUCAUUUUUGUUUUGUCUCUGCCCCAGUUUGCCUUUAUUGCCAUCAGAGGAAAGAAUCAGAAUAUUCUCAUUUGUUCUAUCCAAUGUAACUGGAAUGUUCUGAAUUGUUCUCCCCAACGGAACCAGAAUGUUCUGGUGUGUUCCUUCCAAAGGAAACCAGAAUGUUCUGGUGUGUUCCUUCCAACGGAACCAGAAUGUUCUGGUGUGUUCCUUCCAACGGAAAUGGAAUGUUCUGGUGUGUUCCCCCCCAAUGUAACCAGAAUGUUCUCAUCUGUUCUCUCCAAUGGAACCGGAAUGUUCUGAUCUUUUCUCUCCAAUAGAACCAGGUGGACUAGGUUGAAUAUUUAUUUGACAGACAGUGCAAUGUUAUCCCCACAGGGAGUGAGUGAAUGGAUAUCUGUCCAAUCACAGACGCCGGCUGUUGAAACCUGUCCCAUCAGUCAGAUCCCGCCCCCCUCUAUGUUGAGUAGUGGUAAAGAGAGUGAGGUCACCCACCCUUGACCUCUGCCUGGGUGGCAUUUGACCCUUGACCUCCCAGACGCUGCUUUCCAUAGUGCCACACCUCAAAUGGCAUCCUACACCACACUUCUCUUGACCCAAACCCUGUGUGGCAGUCUGUUGUCUGUAACCUAGAACUAGUCUAGGGAGAGACCUGUUGUCUGUAACCUAGAACUAGCCUAGGGAGAGACCUGUUGUCUGUAACCUAGAACUAGCCUAGGGAGAGACCUGUUGUCUGUAACCUAGAACUAGCCUAGGGAGAGACCUGUUGUCUGUAACCUAGAACUAGUCUAGGGAGAGACCUGUUGUCUGUAACCUAUAACUAGCCUAGGGAGAGACCUGUUGUCUGUAACCUAGAACUAGCCUGGGGAGAGACCUGUUGUCUGUAACCUAGAACUAGCCUAGGGAGAGACCUGUUGUCUGUAACCUAGAACUAGCCUAGGGAGAGACCUGUUGUCUGUAACCUAGAACUAGCCUGGGGAGAGACCUGUUGUCUGUAACCUAUAACUAGUCUAGGGAGAGACCUGUUGUCUGUAACCUAGAACUAGCCUAGGGAGAGACCUGUCUGUAACCUAGAACUAGUCUAGGGAGAGACCUGUUGUCUGUAACCUAGAACUAGUCUAGGGAGAGACCUGUUGUCUGUAACCUAGAACUAGCCUAGGGAGAGACCUGUUGUCUGUAACCUAGAACUAGCCUAGGGAGAGACCUGUUGUCUGUAACCUAGAACUAGCCUAGGGAGAGACCUGUUGUCUGUAACCUAGAACUAGCCUAGGGAGAGACCUGUUGUCUGUAACCUAGAACUAGUCUAGGGAGAGACCUGUUGUCUGUAACCUAGAACUAGCCUAGGGAGAGACCUGUUGUCUGUAACCUAGAACUAGCCUAGGGAGAGACCUGGCUGGCUUUAAACCUGCUUUAUUUAAAUGAAUGUAACACACAAUAUUAUAUCCUUCUGGUCAAAUCCCAAAUGGCACCCUAUUCCCUACAUAGUGCACUACUUUUGACCAGGUCCCAUAGUGCUCUGUUCAAAAGUAGUGCACUUUAUAGGGAAUAGGGUGCCAUUUGGGUCAAAUACAGGAUAAUUUGACUGUAGCCUUCUGCGUUCAGCAGAGACCACUUUUUCCUUGUUGGCACUUUAACUGUUGGUUAGUAGGUGUUAUUAUAUUACUGAACCUCUGGAGCCAUACGCUAUUGGGUUAGUCAGGCUGAUCUGCAAGUCUCAAUAAGGUGUUGGGUUAGUCAGGCUGAUCAACAAGUCUCAAUAAGGUGUUGGGUUAGUCAGGCUGAUCAACAAGUCUCAAUAAGGUGUUGGGUUAGUCAGGCUGAUCAGCAAGUCUCAAUAAGGUGUUGGGUUAGUCAGGCUGAUCAACAAGUCUCAAUAAGGUGUUGGGUUAGUCAGGUUGAUCAGCAAGUCUCAAUAAGGUGUUGGGUUAGUCAGGCUGAUCAGCAAGUCUCAAUAAGGUGUUGGGUUAGUCAGGCUGAUCAACAAGUCUCAAUAAGGUGUUGGGUUAGUCAGGCCGAUCAACAAGUCUCAAUAAGGUGUUGGGUUAGUCAGGCUGAUCAACAAGUCUCAAUAAGGUGUUGGGUUAGUCAGGCUGAUCAACAAGUCUCAAUAAGGUGUUGGGUUAGUCAGGCUGAUCAACAAGUCUCAAUAAGGUGUUGGGUUAGUCAGGCUGAUCAACAAGUCUCAAUAAGGUAUUGGGUUAGUCAGGCCGAUCAACAAGUCUCAAUAAGGUGUUGGGUUAGUCAGGCUGAUCAGCAAGUCUCAAUAAGGUGUUGGGUUAGUCAGGCUGAUCAACAAGUCUCAAUAAGGUGUUGGGUUAGUCAGGCUGAUCAGCAAGUCUCAAUAAGGUGUUGGGUUAGUCAGGCUGAUCAGCAAGUCUCAAUAAGGUAUCAUGUUACUCAUUUUCACUGGGGUUGCAUCCCAAAUGGCAACUCAUUCUACAUUUGACCAGGGCCCAUAUGGGGGAAUAGGACGUCAUUAAUGACCAGGGCCCAUAUGGGGGAAUAGGAAGUCAUUAAUGACCAGGGCCCAUAUGGGGGAAUAGGGUCCCAUUAGGAUGCAGCUUUUCACUGGGACAUCCAGUGACUACAGCAGGUGUGUUGUCUGCAGAUGGAGCCAGUAGCAGCCUACUACGCUUGUUGGGGCUCUCCUGUGGCGUUACUUCUUUAUUUGAGCCUUGGUUUAUUUCAUGUAAAUCAAGGAGACGUGCUUUUGAUUUGUCUGUUGCGUGUUGUCUCAAAUGUCACCCUAUUCCCUAUGUAGUGCACUACUGUGGGCCCUAUUCCCUAUGUAGUGCACUACUAUGGGCCCUAUUCCCUAUGUAGUGCGCUACUAUGGGCCCUAUUCCCUAUGUAGUGCACUACUGUGGGCCCUAUUCCCUAUGUAGUGCACUACUAUGGGCCCUAUUCCCUAUGUAGUGCACUACUAUGGGCCCUAUUCCCUAUGUAGUCCGCUAAUAUGGGCCCUAUUCCCUAUAUAGUGCGCUAAUAUGGGCCCUAUUCCCUAUGUAGUGCGCUAAUAUGGGCCCUAUUCCCUAUGUAGUGCACUACUAUGGACCCUAUUCCCUAUGUAGUCCGCUACUAUGGGCCCUAUUCCCUAUGUAGUGCGCUAGUAUGGGCCCUAUUCCCUAUGUAGUGCACUACUAUGGGCCCUAUUCCCUAUGUAGUGCACUACUAUGGGCCCUAUUCCCUAUGUAGUGCACUACUAUGGGCCCUAUUCCCUAUGUAGUGCACUACUAUGGACCCUAUUCCCUAUGUAGUGCACUACUAUGGGCCCUAUUCCCUAUGUAGUGCGCUACUAUGGGCCCUAUUCCCUAUGUAGUGCGCUACUAUGGGCCCUAUUCCCUAUGUAGUGCGCUACUAUGGGCCCUAUUCCCUAUGUUGUGCACUACUGUGGGCCCUAUUCCCUAUGUAAUGCACUACUAGGGGCCCUAUUCCCUAUGUAGUGCACUACUAUGGGCCCUAUUCCCUAUGUAGUGCACUACUGUGGGCCCUAUUCCCUAUGUAGUGCACUACUGUGGGCCCUAUUCCCUAUGUAGUCCGCUACUAUGGACCCUAUUCCCUAUGUGGUGUGCUACUGUGGGUCCUAUUCCCUAUGUAGUGUGCUAUAAAUGGAAUAAGGUACCAUUAGGGAGACAAGCCAUCUCAGAACAGACGCUGUUAAACCAUUGAGUACAUAACUGUGCUGUUACAUAUUUAUAUCAUUUGUAAGUAUGCAUAUUAUAAUUAUUUUAUAUUUGUAUACAUGCACUAGUUUUUAAGUGUGCAUUAUUUUUUCGGAACAUGAAUCAAACUGACGUGUAAAAAAGUUGAAAAAAUAAAGUACUUUUUUUGUUAA